GCUACGGUCGGCUCGGCUCAAUAGUUUCCCGCCAUUUUCAGCUUCUCUCACUCUCUCUGCGAAAUUAGGGUUCUGUAAUUCCAUGGUGUGAUCGAAUCAUCAGCUAGGGUUUCAAAUUGAUUUCGACUUCUCCUAAAUUUCCCCAUGCCCAAAAUCACCGAUAUAAUCUGCAACUGAUCGAUUAGUUCGCUGUUCCUUGUUCUUCCUAUGGAGGAACCUCGCGUUAAACGCCUCAAAAUUUCUAGUGUCAGGAUUGGUUGCCGAGAAAGCGAGGGAAAAUGUGGGAAAAACAAGGAUCCGAAAUAAGAGAAAACUCGGGACUUGAAUUCUGAAUUUUGGGGCGAAGAUGACUAUCUGCCUGGAAAUAUCACUGAGAUUGAGCUUCAUAAUUUCAUGACCUUUAAUCACUUGGUAUGCAAACCAGGGUCACGAUUAAAUCUUGUCAUAGGGCCAAAUGGUUCCGGUAAGAGCUCUCUUGUAUGUGCCAUCGCACUUUGUCUUGGCGGUGAACCUCAGUUGCUUGGGAGGGCCACAAAUAUUGGAGCAUAUGUGAAGCGUGGGGAAGAGUCUGGGUAUAUUAAAAUUUCAUUGAGGGGGUACACUAAGGAGGAGCAAAUCACCAUUGUCCGUAAAAUAGAUACACGCAACAAGUCGGACUGGUUGUACAAUGGCAAAUCUGUGCCCAAAAGAGAGAUACUGGAAGUAAUUCGAAAAUUCAACAUCCAAGUCAACAAUUUGACGCAAUUCUUACCGCAAGACAGGGUCUGUGAGUUUGCCAAGUUAACUCCCAUUCAGCUCCUCGAGGAGACUGAAAAAGCAGUUGGUGAUCCUCAACUCCCAGUGCAACAUUGUGCUCUUGUUGAAAAAAGCUGUGAACUGAAAAGAUAUCAAAAAGCUGUAGAAAAAAUGGGAGAAAGUUUGAAACAGCUGAUAGCCCUUAAUGCUGAGCAAGAAAAAGAUGUUGAGCGUGUCCGCCAAAGAGAUGAACUUCUGGAAAAGGUUAAUUACAUGAAAAAGAAAUUGCCUUGGCUGAAGUAUGAUAUGAAGAAGGCUGAAUACCUUAAAGCCCAGGAAAGGGAAAAGGAUGCAGAGAAGAAGUUGGAUGAAGCUGCCAAGAUACUGAAUGAAUUUAAGGCACCCAUUGAAAAACAAAAGCAGGAGAAAGCGAAGCUUGAUCAUAAAUGUAAACACAUUAGCAAUCUCAUGAAUGAAAAUGUUAAGAAACGUAUUGAUCUUCUGCAGAAAGAAAAUGAGGCGGCAGUGCAAGUGCGAGGUAAGUACAAGGAAGUGGAAGAUUUGAGGAGAGAAGAAGACUCUCGCAAACAAAGAAUAUUAGAGGCUGAAAGGAAACUUGCUGCUGCUGAACAGGAACUUCAGAACCUGCCUGCGUAUGAGCCUCCUAAGGAGGAAAUUGACAAAUUAAGUAGUCAAAUUGUGGAGCUAACUUCUUCUGCUCGUCAAAAGAUGCAGCAGAAGAAGGAGAAGGAAAAAUCUCUAGGCCAAAUGAAAACAGCCCUGAGAAACUGUAUGGAUAGUUUGAGAGAUAUGGAGAAUACAAACACCAAACUUUUACGUGCUUUACGGAAUUCUGGUGCAGAAAAGAUAUUUGAUGCUUAUGAAUGGGUUCAACUGCAUCGCCAUGAACUGAACAAGGAGGUUUAUGGCCCUGUAUUGCUUGAGGUGAAUGUUGCAGAUCAGGUUCAUGCUAAUUUCUUGGAAGGUCAUGUUGCUCACUACAUCUGGAAAUCUUUCAUUACUCAAGAUUCUGGUGAUAGGGAUUUUCUAGUAAAAAACCUACAGUCAUUUGAUGUUCCCAUUUUAAAUUAUGUAAGAGAUGAAUCUGGUCGGAAAUCACCCUUUGAAAUUUCUAAGCAGAUGCAUGAACUUGGCAUCUAUUCCCGGCUUGACCAAGUUUUCGAUGCUCCCACUGCUGUAAAGGACGUUUUGACAUCGCAGUUUGGUCUGGAGCAUUCAUAUAUUGGGUCAGAUAAAACUGAUCGGAAAGCUGAUGAUGUUGCUAAAUUGGGAAUUUUAGAUUUCUGGACUCCUCAAAACCACUAUCGGUGGUCUGUUUCUAGAUAUGAUAAUCACCUAUCAGGAACUGUAGAAUCUGUUCGUGAUUCACAUCUUCUACUGUGUGGUUUGGAUACCGGGGAAAUUGAAAAACUGAGGUCCCGAAAGAAUGAGCUUGAAAACUCUGUAGCUGAUAUGGAGGAAGGCAUAAAAUCAUUGCAGAUUCAGCAAAGGCUGUUGGAAGAUGAAGCAGCCAAACUUCAUAAACAGCGUGAGGAGAUGAUCAAUAUUGGGAAAAGGGAGAAGCAAAAACGGCGGGAAAUGGAAAGCUGUGUUGAACAAAGGCAAAAAAAAUUAGCAUCCUUGGAGGAAAUUGUUGACCUGGAAACGGCCGUGGCUAAGCUUAUUGAUCAAGCUACGAGAUCUAAUGUUCAGCGGUUUAAACAUGCAAUUAAAAUUAAGGAUUUACUUGUGGAAGCUGUUUCCUGCAAAUGGAGUUUUGCUGAAAAACAUAUGGUCUCCAUUGAAUAUGAUGCAAAGAUUAGAGACUUGGAAGUCAAUCUCAAGCAGCAUGAGAAGUUUGCUCACCAGGCUUCACUGCACUUAGAGUAUUGUAAAAAAGAUGUAGAGGAUUGUCAUCAACAACUGUCUGCUGCCAAGAGGCAUGCUGAAACAAUUGCCAUCAUUACUCCAGAACUUGCAAAGUUAUUUCUUGAGAUGCCAACUACAAUUGAGGAAUUGGAGGCUGCUAUACAAGACAAUAUUUCACAAGCCAAUUCUAUUGUCUUCCUAAACCAGAAUAUACUGCAGGAAUAUGAAGAUCGUCAGCAUCAGAUUGAAACCAUUUCUGCGAAACUGGGAGCAGAUAAUAAGGAACUACAAAAGUGCUUAGCCGAUAUAGAUGCCCUGAAGGGAAAUUGGCUUCCAACAUUGAGAAAUCUUGUUAAUCAGAUUAAUGAAACUUUCAGUCGCAACUUCCAAGAGAUGGCCGUUGCGGGAGAAGUUUCAUUGGACGAGCAUGACACCGAUUUUGAUCAGUUUGGAAUACUUAUAAAAGUCAAGUUCAGACAAACAGGUCAACUUCAAGUACUCAGUGCUCACCAUCAGUCUGGAGGGGAGCGGUCUGUUUCAACUAUUCUUUAUCUUGUUUCUCUUCAAGAUCUUACUAAUUGCCCCUUUAGGGUGGUUGAUGAGAUUAACCAAGGAAUGGACCCCAUAAAUGAAAGGAAGAUGUUUCAGCAAUUAGUAAGAGCUGCCAGCCAACCUAACACACCACAGUGUUUCCUACUUACACCGAAGUUGCUACCAAAUCUGGAAUAUAGCGAGGCUUGUAGCAUUCUGAACAUAAUGAACGGUCCUUGGAUAGAGGCACCCUCUAAAGUUUGGAGCAGUGGAGAAUGCUGGGGCACCAUUGCAGGGUUAGUGGAUGAAAGUCGAUGCUGAAAUAUCCAUCUCUAUUGAGGAUUUGUUGGAGUGGAAUAUUUAUCUCAAAGUAAGAUAGGACGGGAGAUUGCAAUGCAUUGUUUGGUUAAAAUGAAGCUGUGUUUUCUCUUGUAAUUGCAGGUUUUUGGAAAACAUUUCUGCUUCAUUGUUACUAGCUGUAUAAUACUUGCUCUUUUGUAAAGUUGAUUUCUGUCCGAGAGUAGUGUAUGAUAUUUGCAGGAUGCAAACUUCCUUGCCGUGGUGUCCAUGUUUGCUACAAUAUGUAAAGUUUACAUAGCUAAUUGUGUUUUUGGUUUAA